AUGCGGCCGGGGCUCCUGGGCGCCGCGCUGCUGCUCGUGGGCAGCGCUCACCUCUUCUCUGAACACAACUCGCUCUCCAGCAGGAACAGGCUCGGCCCCGGGCGGGAACAGGCCAGUGGGCCCGAGGGCACUAAGGCCACGAGUGGGUGGCUUGGGCGAGAGGAGGAGAAAGGGCCAGACGCAAAGGAUUGUGGAACAGCACCGCUUAGGGAUGUGUUAAAAGGGCCUCGGAUUAUAGGGGGCACAGAAGCUCAAGCUGGCGCGUGGCCAUGGCUAGUUAGCCUGCAGAUUAAGUAUGGCGGUUUGCUUGCUCAUGUAUGUGGGGGAAGCCUAGUGAGAGACAAGUGGGUCCUCACAGCUGCCCACUGCACUAAAGACAAUAGAGAUCCUUUAAUGUGGAGAGCUGUGAUUGGAACUAAUAAUAGACAUGGGGACCAUGAACAUAGCAAGAAGAUUAAAAUUAAAGCAAUCAUUAUUCAUCCAAACUUCAUUUUGGAAUCUUACGUAAAUGAUAUUGCACUUUUUCAUUUAAAAAAAGCAGUGAGGUAUAAUGACUAUAUUCAGCCUAUUUGUCUACCUUUUGAUGUUUUUCAAAACCUGGACCAAAACACAACAUGCUUUAUAAGUGGCUGGGGAAGAACAGAAGAACAAGGUAAUGCUACAGAUCUCUUACAGGAAGCAAAAGUGCAUUACAUUUCUCGAAAUAUUUGUAAUUCUGAGAGGAGUUAUGCAGGAAUAAUUCCUGACACUUCGUUUUGUGCAGGUGAUGAAAAUGGAGAUUUUGAUACUUGCAGGGGUGAUAGUGGUGGACCGUUAAUGUGCUACUUACCAGAACGUAAAAGAUUUUUUGUAAUGGGAAUUACCAGUUACGGACAUGGCUGUGGUCGAAGAAAUUUUCCUGGUAUCUAUUGUGGGCCAUCCUUCUUUCAAAAGUGGCUGACAUAUUACUUCUCCCAGACAAGCGCUAAAGGCACAUUGACUAUAAAUAUUUUACUUGGACAGAUCUUCAUAGCUUUAGGUUCUGUUAUCUUACUAGCAACAACAUAAAGCAAUUCUGAAGACUUUAGUAUUUUUAUUUUACAUGUGUCUCUAUGUUCUACAUAAUGAAAAUUAUUUAUUCUUUUACCAAUUAAUUGCCCAUGUUAGAGUUCUUAUGUGAACAUUUUUCAAAAUAUAAGAAUUGUGACAUAUUAGAUAUACGAUUGUAAAUUUGGCACUGAACCACAUGCUUCCUUGAUGUAUCUUGAUUGUUUUAGUUUAUAAUCAUAAUUUUGUAUUUGGAAUACUUUCCUAGAGUUUGUAUAAAAUAUUCAGUUAAAUAUAUACUUCGAUGUAUAUAAAUGCCAAAUAAUAAAGAGUUUAUAAUUAAAAUGAAAGCUGUUCUUUCAUUAAUCAAAACUCCUUUUAAGUUACAUUUUAAUC